UGUUUUUGGUAUCGGAUGCUUCUCUCCUUAGACCUUAGUACUCGAGAUUUUCCCCCGUACACUUCACUUCCAUUCUCUCUCUCUCUCUCUGGUUUCCAUCUUUGAGUGAAGAUUCUUGGGCAUUCUUUGCUAGAUAUUGAUUGUGAUCUCUACCAAAUCACCUUCCAAGAUUGGAAAACAACUGGUGAAUAUCCAAGACGAGGUGUAUACAACUAGGAAGAAUCUAGGAGUCCCUUCUCUGCUCCUGUUUCAAGUCUGUUGCUUCCUCUUUAUUGCCUCUCUCUUUCUUGUUUAAUAUCCGAGUUCUUCCUGGACACGGACACUGUGUAGUUGCUCUGUUAAAGGGUUGUUUUUCUUUUUUUAACCCAUCCUUUGAAGUCCUGAAAGGUUGUUAAUUUCAAUCCAUUUUUCCCUUUUUAUGUCCUUUAGGCAGAUUUCUGAAUCGGCCUUGUCUCUCGUUAUCUCCACGUAUUAGUCUUCUUCUUCACGGCUCUUUCCCUUUUUCUUUUUUCGUGUGCUCUUUUUCUCUUAUCUUUUCAUGCGAAUAAAGAAUCUGGGAAGUUAGAGGAAAUACUUGCACAAGAGAAGAGAAGAGAUGAUGGACCAAAGUAUCCUAUGUCCGAUGAAAUACACGGAGCACAGAAAAGUUACUAAGAAGUUCAUAAAACCUUCCUUAAAGCCCAAAAAGGUCGCCGAUGAAAGGAGUCGGUUAGAGCACAACAACCCACCAAGAGUUGUACGGAUAUCUGUCACAGACCCCGACGCCACCGAUUCCUCCAGCGACGAAGAGGGUGAGUUGUUUCGCAGCCAACGAGUGAAGCGGUAUGUGAACGAGAUUUGCAUCGAAGCUUGCUCCAGAGACACUCUUGCCGUUUCCAAUGGGCGAAAAAGACCUGCUAGUGUGCUUCCGGCAUCAUCUCACCGGCCAAUCAAACUCAAUACAGCAAGCACCAAUGGCAGAAAGUUCCGUGGAGUUCGACAACGACCUUGGGGUAAAUGGGCUGCAGAGAUUCGAGAUCCUGCAAGACGUGUCCGGUUAUGGCUAGGCACCUAUGACACUGCUGAAGAGGCUGCUAUGGUUUAUGACAAUGCUGCAAUAAAGCUUCGAGGACCUGAUGCUUUAACCAACUUCAUAACACCACCCUCGAGAGAAGAACAACAGGAAGAGGCUGAAGCAGAAGCAGAAGCAGAACAAGUAGAAGAAAAGCCAGAAAUUAAUGUGACUUCAACUUCUGGCUAUGAAUCCGGCGAUGAGUCUCACAAUCUCUCAUCUCCGAAAUCUGUGCUGAACUUCAGAGCUCAAUAUUGCAGCGAUGAAUCUGAACUGAAGAAGCCAGUAGAAUCGGUAGAGAAACCAAAAAUAGAAAGUAAACCGGUUGAAGAAGUAAUGCUUCAAGAGUGUGAAGGGGAAACGAAUGUGUCCGACGAAUCAGCAGAGUAUCUAUUACCGCUGGACUUGCCCUUCUUGGAGGAGCCAUUCUUGAAUGAUUUCUUCAAUUUUUCGAGCACAGGACCUUCACUCUUCGAUGACACGAUAACGACGACAACUAGCACCGUUUUACAAGAGAGUUUAUCGAGUGAAGAUUUCAGUGACAUGUUCUUGGAGACACCCCAAGACUUUGGAACAUCUUUGUCAUCGUCCAUGUGCCAGGAGGACGACUUUUUCCAAGACAUCGGAGACUUAUUUUUCUCAGAACCGCUAGCUGCUCUCUGAGAUGAGACCCAGGAAAGAGGAAGUCCUCAUUAUCUAGUAGUAACCAGUUGCCGCCGUUUUGCUUGCCGAUUUCACGGCAAAUUUUGUACCGGCGACAAUGUUUUUUCGCCUAGUUUGCCUUGUUUGUUCGUUUUUCUUUUUUCUUUUUUUUUUUUUUAAUUAUCAAGCAGUUUUGUGACUAUAUUAUAUAUAUGAUUAUUUGUUAAAAUAUCUCCGUUCAAAAGAAUGGACGGAGGAGUGGAGUUCUUCUAAGAUUUUGUACUUGUUAUGUAUUCUAAAAAAUAAUUUCCAAUUCUUUUGGUAAUUGCAUAAUUAAUAUUAUUUUUC